AUGGAUCAGAGGAAGAACUGGCCUCGGAUGCUGGACUCCGAUGGCUGGUCAGCAGCUGUGGUUUUUCUCUUUUUGGUCUCACUUUCCCGGAACGCAGCCAGUACUGCCCUGUUCAACACCUUCCACUCAGAGAACCGCGACUGGACUUUCAACCACCUGACCGUCCAUCAGGGCACCGGGGCAGUCUACAUUGGAGCCAUCAACCGGGUUUACAAGCUCUCAGGUAACUUGACCAUCCUGGUGGCUCACAAGACAGGCCCAGAGGAGGACAACAAGUCCUGCUACCCGCCCCUCAUUGUCCAGCCUUGCAGUGAGAUCCUCACCCUCACCAACAACGUUAACAAGCUGUUGAUCAUUGACUACUCAGAGAACCGGCUGCUGGCCUGCGGGAGCCUCUACCAGGGCGUCUGCAAGCUGCUGCGGCUAGACGACCUCUUUAUCCUGGUGGAGCCGUCCCACAAGAAGGAGCACUACCUCUCUAGCGUCAACAAGACAGGCACCAUGUAUGGGGUGAUCGUGCGCUCCGACGGCGAGGACGGCAAGCUCUUCAUCGGCACUGCGGUGGACGGCAAGCAGGAUUACUUCCCCACCCUCUCUAGCCGCAAGCUGCCGCGGGACCCGGAGUCAUCAGCCAUGUUGGAUUACGAGCUCCACAGCGACUUUGUCUCAUCGCUCAUCAAGAUCCCCUCGGACACGCUGGCCCUGGUCUCACACUUCGACAUCUUCUAUAUCUACGGGUUCGCCAGCAGUAAUUUCGUCUACUUCCUGACGGUGCAACCGGAGACCCCCGAGGGAGUCUCCAUCAACUCGGCCAAUGACCUUUUCUACACAUCCCGCAUCGUCCGCCUCUGUAAGAAUGACCCCAAGUUUCACUCCUACGUCUCGCUGCCCUUUGGCUGCAUCAAGGGGGAUGUGGAGUACCGCCUCCUGCAAGCGGCUUAUCUCUCCAAGCCAGGGGACGUGCUGGCCAAUGCCCUCAACAUCACAGCCCAGGAUGACAUUCUUUUUGCCAUCUUCUCCAAGGGGCAGAAGCAGUAUCACCAGCCUCCUGAUGACUCGGCUCUUUGCGUUUUCCCCAUCCGCACCAUCAACAGCCAGAUCAAGGAGCGCCUGCAAUCCUGUUACCAGGGGGAAGGCAACUUGGAGCUCAACUGGCUGCUGGGGAAGGAUGUCCAGUGCACCAAAGCACCAGUCCCGAUAGACGACAACUUUUGCGGGCUGGACAUUAACCAGCCACUGGGAGGCUCCACACCAGUGGAGGGGGUGACCCUCUUCACCGCCAGCCGUGACCGGAUGACCUCGGUCGCUUCGUACGUCUACAACGGCUACAGUGUGGUGUUCGUGGGGACCAAGAGUGGCAAGCUGAAGAAGAUCCGAGCAGAUGGCCCCCCCCAUGGUGGAAUUCAGUAUGAAAUGGUCUCAGUUUUCAAGGAUGGGAGCCCUAUCCUUCGAGACAUGGCCUUCUCCACCGACCAGAAGUAUCUGUAUGUCAUGUCAGAAAGACAGGUGUCCAGGGUUCCUGUUGAAUCCUGUGAGCAAUACACAACCUGUGGGGAAUGUCUGAGCUCAGGGGACCCUCACUGUGGCUGGUGCACUCUUCACCACAUGUGCUCCCGGAAGGACAAGUGCGAGCGAGCAGAUGAGCCGUACCGAUUUGCAGCCAGCAUCAACCAGUGUAUGAGUGUCACCGUGCAGCCCAGCAGCAUCUCUGUGUCUGAGCACAGCCUUCCGCUCAGCCUGCUGGUGAGUGAUGCUCCAGACCUGUCAGCUGGAAUUACCUGUUUGUUUGGAAACCUCACUGAGGUGGAAGGCCAAGUUUCCGGCAGCCAGGUUGUCUGCGUUUCACCGGCCCCUAAAGAUGUCCCCGCCAUUCCUGUGGACCAAGACUGGUUUGGGUUGGAGCUCCAGCUGAAAUCCAAGGAGACAGGCAAGAUGUUCGUCAGCACGGAGUUCAAAUUCUACAACUGCAGUGCUCACCAAUUGUGCCUGUCUUGCGUGAACAGCGCUUUCCGCUGCCAUUGGUGCAAAUAUCGGAACCUUUGCACUCAUGACCCCACAACUUGCUCAUUUCAGGAAGGACGGAUCAAUGUUUCUGAGGACUGCCCACAGCUGUUUCCCACAGAAGAGAUUCUGAUCCCAGUAGGGGAGGUGAAGCCCAUCACACUGAAAGCCAGAAACCUGCCCCAGCCCCAGUCUGGCCAGCGUGGGUAUGAAUGUGUCCUCAACAUUCAAGGAGUUAUUCAUCGUGUGCCAGCUCUGCGCUUCAACAGCUCCAGCGUCCAGUGCCAGAACAGUUCGUAUCUCUAUGACGGGAUGGACAUAAGCAACUUAGCAGUGGAUUUUGCUGUGGUUUGGAAUGGAAACUUCAUUAUUGACAACCCAGAGGAUUUGAAAGUUCACCUGUACAAAUGCGCCGCCCAGCGGGAGAGCUGCGGCCUGUGCCUGAAAGCAGAUCAGAAGUUCGAAUGCGGCUGGUGCAGCGGAGAGGCCAAGUGCACGCUCCGGCAGCACUGCAGUUCCCCCAUUCACCCUUGGCUCGACUGGUCCAGCAGGAACGUCAAGUGCUCCAAUCCCCGCAUCACCGAGAUCCUGACCGUGUCAGGGCCCCCAGAAGGAGGGACGCGGGUGACGAUCCAUGGCGUGAACCUGGGGCUGGAUUUCUCCGAGAUUGCCCACAACGUGCAGGUGGCGGGGGUGCAGUGCACUCCCCUGCAGGAGCAGUACGUCAUCGCAGAGCAAAUUGUGUGUGAGAUGGGGCAGGCCCUCCCAGGGAUCAGUUCCGGUCCAGUGCGCCUCUGCAUCGGAGAGUGCAAACCUGAGUUCAUGGCCACGUCCUCACAACAGUACAUGUUUGUGAAUCCAGCGGUGAGCUCCCUGAGCCCUAGCCGCGGCCCAGAGUCUGGAGGGACCAUGGUGACCAUCAGUGGCCACUACCUGGGUGCCGGCAGCAGCGUGUCUGUGUUCCUGGGAAACCAGACCUGCGAAUUCUAUGGGAGGUCCAUGAAUGAGAUUGUGUGUGUCUCUGCUCCGUCAGCACAUGGCUUGGGCCCUAUCCAUGUCUCUGUCAGUGUGGACCGGGCGCAGUUAGAGAGCACUCUGGAAUUUGAAUACAUUGAUGACCCCAGAGUGCAGCGCAUCGAACCUGAGUGGAGCAUAGCCAGCGGACACACGCCUCUGACAGUCACGGGGUCCAACCUGGAUGUGAUUCAGGAGCCAAGGAUCCGUGUGAAGUACAAUGGCAAGGAGUCUGUCAAUGUCUGUAAGAUUGUGAACACAACUACCCUGACUUGCUUAGCUCCACCCCUCACUCCUGAGUACCGACCUGGCUUGGAUGCUGUCGAGCGACCGGACGAAUUUGGCUUUGUCUUUAACAACGUGCAAUCCCUGCUGAUCUAUAAUGACACUAAGUUUAUUUACUACCCAAACCCAACAUUUGAGCUUCUGAGCCCUACUGGGGUUUUGGAUCAGAAGCCGGGAUCGCCCAUCAUCCUCAAGGGCAAAAAUCUGUGCCCACCAGCUUCCGGAGGAGCAAAGCUAAACUACACUGUCCUGAUUGGAGAUACCCCCUGUGCUGUCACUGUGUCUGAGACCCAACUGCUGUGUGAGCCCCCCAACCUCACCGGGCAGCACAAAGUUAUGGUGCACGUGGGCGGCAUCGUCUUCUCCCCUGGCUCGGUGAAUGUGAUCUCGGACAGCCUGCUGACCUUGCCCGCCAUCGUCAGCAUUGCGGCGGGAGGCAGCCUGCUUCUCAUCAUUGUCAUCAUCGUCCUCAUCGCUUACAAGCGCAAGUCCCGGGAGAACGACCUCACCCUCAAGAGGCUCCAGAUGCAGAUGGACAACCUGGAGUCUCGGGUGGCCCUGGAAUGCAAGGAGGCUUUUGCGGAGCUGCAGACAGACAUCAAUGAAUUAACCAGUGACCUGGAUCGCUCCGGGAUCCCAUACCUUGAUUAUCGGACAUAUGCCAUGAGGGUCCUUUUCCCUGGCAUCGAGGACCACCCCGUCCUGCGUGAGCUGGAGGUCCAAGGGAACGGGCAGCAGAAUGUGGAGAAGGCCUUGAAGCUCUUUGCCCAGCUAAUCAACAACAAGGUGUUUCUGCUGACAUUCAUCCGGACCCUGGAGCUGCAGCGUAGCUUCUCCAUGCGCGACCGUGGCAAUGUGGCUUCCCUUAUCAUGACAGGCCUGCAGGGAAAGCUGGAAUACGCAACUGACGUGCUGAAGCAGCUGCUCUCAGACCUGAUUGAGAAGAACCUGGAGAAUAAGAAUCACCCCAAACUGCUCCUGCGCAGGACCGAGUCUGUGGCUGAGAAGAUGUUGACUAACUGGUUUGCCUUCCUCCUCCAUAAAUUCUUAAAGGAGUGCGCUGGGGAGCCGCUCUUCAUGCUGUACUGUGCCAUCAAGCAGCAGAUGGAGAAGGGCCCUAUCGAUGCCAUCACAGGGGAGGCACGCUAUUCUCUGAGUGAGGACAAGCUGAUCCGGCAGCAAAUUGAGUACAAAACAUUGAUCCUGAACUGUGUGAACCCCGAUAACGAGAACAGCCCAGAGAUCCCCGUGAAGGUGCUGAACUGCGACACCAUCACUCAGGUCAAAGAGAAGAUUCUGGAUGCGGUGUACAAAAACGUCCCCUAUUCCCAAAGGCCAAGGGCUGUCGACAUGGACUUGGAGUGGCGGCAAGGCCGGAUAGCUCGUGUGGUCCUGCAGGAUGAAGACAUCACCACCAAGAUUGAGGGCGACUGGAAGCGGUUAAACACCCUGAUGCAUUAUCAGGUGUCAGACCGCUCUGUGGUGGCACUCGUUCCUAAACAGACCUCCUCUUAUAACAUCCCCGCCUCUGCCAGCAUAUCUCGAACCUCCAUUAGUAGAUACGAUUCAACAUUCCGGUACACAGGCAGCCCAGACAGCCUCCGCUCCAGGGCACCCAUGAUCACCCCUGACCUAGAGAGCGGAGUGAAAGUCUGGCAUCUAGUCAAAAACCAUGACCAUGGAGACCAGAAGGAGGGCGACCGGGGCAGUAAGAUGGUGUCUGAGAUCUACCUGACUAGGCUCCUAGCUACAAAGGGUACGCUGCAGAAAUUCGUGGAUGACUUGUUCGAGACCUUGUUCAGUACUGUGCACCGAGGCAGCGCGCUCCCACUGGCCAUAAAAUACAUGUUCGAUUUCCUGGAUGAGCAAGCAGAUAAGCACGGCAUCCACGACACAGAUGUGAGGCACACCUGGAAGAGCAAUUGCCUCCCUCUCCGGUUCUGGGUGAACGUAAUCAAAAACCCCCAGUUUGUGUUCGAUAUCCACAAAGGCAGCAUCACAGACGCCUGCCUCUCUGUCGUCGCCCAGACCUUCAUGGACUCCUGUUCCACCUCAGAGCACCGCCUGGGCAAGGACUCCCCCUCCAACAAAUUGCUCUAUGCCAAGGAUAUCCCCAGCUACAAGAGCUGGGUAGAAAGGUAUUAUGCAGACAUUGCAAAGCUCCCAGCCAUCAGUGACCAGGAUAUGAAUGCCUACCUCGCGGAGCAGUCGCGCCUGCAUGCCAUUGAGUUCAACAUGCUGAGCGCGCUCAAUGAGAUCUACUCUUACGUCAGCAAGUACAGUGAAGAGAUCAUCGGGGCUCUGGAGCAGGAUGAGCAGGCGCGCAGGCAGCGCUUGGCAUACAAAGUAGAACAGCUUAUCUGUGCCAUGUCUAUUGAGAGCUGA